AUGAACGAUCCUAAUCUCUGGUAUCGUGACAAAGAUACCUUGUCCAUAGGUGGAGUGAUACGAUAUGUGGUAACAUACCAGCGCGAGGACAAGACUGUCACCGACGUGUUUUUGCGGUUGAAAAACAUAGAGAAGACCACCAUACGAGCUAUUCAUAUGCUAAAUGGACCCUUUAUUUUAUAUUGUCAUGUUGUACCCGUCAAUUACGAUCAACGAAAGAAGUUUGUUCAGAAGGAACGGGAGAUACAUUUCAAGAACUCUUUAAAACCCGGUCAGACGUUCAAUGUCAAGCUUCCAUUGAACGAUAACUCGAGUGUACAAGACAGUGAACAUGGUGAUGAAUUCUGCUGGUACAUCGAUGUGAUUUCCCAGAUAGUUAUUUCCAAGGCCACCACUGUGCUAUACGAUAUGACUAUUGGCAGCAAUAUAGAGAGCAUGAAGAAACUCAACCAUGGCCCGUUAGCGACUCUUACAUCGCUCACAGGUCAAAGUGUAAACAAGUACAUCAAGUUAAAUGAAAGUUUCAGUCCGUGUUUACAAGUGAAAAAAAUCACGGGUGACGAGCUAUGGUCAAGGCCUCCCACAUACGACAAACCCGUACACUUGAUCAUACUUACACAUGGGAUUUUUUCGAACUUGACCGCUGAUAUGUUGUAUUUGAAGGAAAUGAUAGAAACUAAUGUUCGAGAUAACGUGUUAGUAAAAGGAUUCAGUGGUAAUGCUGGAAGAACAGAAAGAGGGAUCAAGCGUAUGGGCUCUGAUCAAGGGAAGUAUCUAAUGAAGCUCAUUGAAACCCUCUUGAGUCAAGGUGUCAAUAUCGAUAGAAUUUCCUUUAUUGGCCAUUCUCUUGGUGGAUUGACCCAAUUGUAUUCUAUCAAGUAUAUUCUUGACAAUGACCACCAGUUUUUUACUAGAAACAACAUACAACCUUACAACUUGGUGUUCAUGGCCAGUCCUCUUUUGGGAAUUUUGAAUGAAAUCAGCUUUUUACUUUCUUGGUUAUUGGACUUGGGAACGUUGGGAAAAACCGGUAGAGACCUCACUUUGAGCAAGGGAAAACUAAAGGGAAAGCCUUUGUUGGAGCAGCUUCCUGAUAUGCUUCAUAGCUUCAUGAAACAAUGCAAAAACCUAAUCAUAUAUGCUAAUAUCAUCAACGAUGGUAUUGUACCAUUGAGAACCAGUGGAUUGCUAUACUUAGACUACGUCACCCUAGACAACGUCAAAGACUUGAAGCUGUCAAAGGAAACGCAUGGCAAUGAUCGAACUGUAGGAGAGAUUCCUGCCGUGAAGAAUAAUGAUAAACUUCAUGUUCUUGACAAGUACAAGCAAUUCAUUUCAUUGAACUUCAAUUGGGAUGUGGGUGACAAAAAGCGAAGGAGGCUCCACGAUAAGAUUCUAAGGAUUAAUGCUAGAGGAAGUGAUGCGUCUUUUGGCGUAGACGAAGAGAAUGAUAAUUCGAUGGCAAUGUCUCAGGAUGAUGCAGAAGAGACCGAUUUAUCGUCAGACAAUGACGAAGAAAUACCCAAUUUGAACAUUCCUCCCAAAGCUUCAGUCAUUGAGUCUGCAAUUAACACUUUAAUAAGCCCCAUUCCUAACCAGAAUUAUAUCUUGAAUCCUGAGUCUAGGCACUCGCCAAUAUUCCAUGACAAGUUUUACAAAUUUACCGACUUACCUCCAGAGAAGCACGAACGAGCAUUAUUCAACAGAGAGAAGAGACAAGUACGAAUAGCCCGAAAGUAUCACCAAGAGCUCAACUGGAGAAAGAUUUUGGUUAGACUUCCUCCUGAUGCUCAUAAUAAUAUCAUAGUAAGAAGAAGGUUUUCAAACGGGUACGGAUGGGGAGUGAUUGAUCAUUUGUGUGAGUUGUUCAACGAGGAGAAUGAUACAGAAAGAGUGGGAACUUCCAGGCUUGAGAAGAUCAAGAGCAAAAUCUAA